AAUUUAAAUAGCUUUUCUUUAUAUUUCAAAAUCGGAGACGGUUCUAAUCUUGUUUCCGGUUCCUACUAACAAACCAAUCAUUCUAAAGAAUUUCGACUCUUGUGGGAAGAUUUAAAUGCAUUGUAAACAGUAAAACAGAUAUAAAGAUCUAUAUCUUUGCCAAGAUGGAAAUAUACACAGAUAAGGAAAACGAGAGUGUAGAUUUUCAUCAGACUGUAAAACAGGUAGCUAGCACAGUUCCAGCAUCUUUUCCUAGAACUCCAUUGUUAGAUGUGAAGAACAAGAGUUCCAGAGUGAGUUUGGUGCCGAGAAAUUCCAAUGAAAAUUGUGAAGCUUUGACCUACUUGACUACUUCUACACCAGGAAGAAAACAGAACCAGACAUACAAAAGAAGGGUCAGGUCCUGUAUUUCUGCUUUUCAGUUUCCAGUUUCUAGUGAAAAUGACACUUUCCCAGUAAAAGAUUUGUCAAUCAUGCCUGAAGAAGAACUUGAGGAUGUUAUAAAUUUGGGUUCCACACAUAGCCCGAAAAAGUCAGCAAAGGUAACUGACCCUGCAGUGCAGAAAGAAACAGAAGUCUCAGAUCAGACCGGUGACUUUUCACCUUUCAGAGUUUGGAAUAUCAACACAGUAAAACUUGAAGUUUCUGACUUUGCAACUGAACAGACAAGUGAUGGGUCCCAAUUAAAUUGUGAAGAACUACAGGCUGUUCAGCUAGAUGUUUCCAGCAGAUUGGACAGUGCAGAACUUUGUACACAAGAUAUUGAUGCUUGCCAUGCUGAAAUAAGUGACCACACAUACAGUUCAAAGGAAGUGUCCCAUGCUCAGGCUUCUUUAUGUGAACACUAUUGUCAGCUGGCUUUUACUGAGCCAGUAUCAGUUCCUCUUGAUCUUCAGAUCCACAUUGAGAUACCCAAUGAUGACAUUCACUUUUCAGAACAGAGCCUGAGUCCUCAACCUGUCCAACAUUGCUUGUGUGUGACCCCAGAGCAGGUCAACUCACCGGUUCUCAAUGAAAGCUUGACCAGUCUGGACAUGAACAAAGUAGAAGCUGAACUGAUGGAAUUAAUGCUGGAUGCUUCUCAUGCCCUCUCUGAGAACUUGUCGGACUCGGCUGUCAACGAUUUACUUGGCAUUGGCUCAUCUCCACAAGCUGGAAGGAAUAGUAACUUACAUAACUCUGCUAAUGAUUCACAUAGUUCUCCUGAGUCAAAUGAGACUGUUGACAUCCUCAGUAACAUUUCUGUUCGAUUCACACCAGCAAGAAGUGAGUGGCAUUGCAAUGAGAUGGCUAUGUCAACUCCUUCAGGAGGAACAGAUGAAUCAGAAAGAGAAUUGGCAUCUUUUUUUGCAAAGUCGUGGUCUUCUACCAAAAGCAACUCUUUAAAUUUCUUACCUACUAACAGUGAUGUUGCUGAGACCAGCUGGGAGAAAGCCAUUGAUGACAGUCUAGACUUAAUUGGAAAGAACAAUUUUUAUGCCACAUCUAGGGGAAACAUACCUUGUUUUAAUAUGCUUGAUUCAUCUCCCCAUGACGGAGCCUUUUGGAAUACUCAAUAUGAAAUCCCCAAUCCCCUAAAUUCUUUAACAGAGACUGUUUGUUCCUCAAAGGAUACGAAUUUAAGUCUCCAACAAAACAAAGGCGGUCAGGAGGAGAUCAUGUGCACAUUAUUUGGAUUAGAUAAUCUUCAACAAAAAAGUCAUGAAGUGUUCCAACCUAUUUCUGAGGAUAUGCCUAAAUAUUCUGGUGAAUCAUCAGUAACACAAAUUAUGAUCCAUCCAGUGACAGAACAAACCACCAACUCUAUUGCUUUGACUCAGGAUCCCAGUAAUGUAACCGAAUUGUCAUUGGUUGAACAUUCCUUGGCAACAGGGAACCUUGAAACUGUGGAUGUCUCCUCUCUCUCAGAUGGUGCUGGUGUGACAAACCAAAGUGUAAUGGCUGUCCCAGCAGUAACCAAUAAAUCUAUGAUCACUGACCCAUAUGCUGCGACAGAGAAGCUGGAAACUGCCGAUGUCACCAUUCUCUCAGAUAAUGCUAGUGUGACAAACCAAAGUGUAAUGGCUGUCCCAGCAGUAACCAAUACAUCUAUGAUCACUGACCCAUGUGCUGCAACAGAGAAGCUUGAAACUGCUGAUGUCUCCAUUCUGACUGAUGACAAUGUAGUCAUUAACCAAAGUAUCAUGGCAGUUCCGACUCUAGCUAGUACAUCAAUGAUCACUGAUUCUUGUCAUGCGCUGGACAUCUCACAGAACACAGAGUGUGUUUCCACCUUAGACCACAGCAUCAUGGCAGUACCUGACAUCCUUAACAAACAAACAAUGACGGAGAAAAACUCCACUAAGGAUGCAGAGUCGACAAUGACUCCAUUUAAACCAACUAAGCUGGGCAAAAGGCUAACCACUGAAGAUGUCAGGCGGCAGCAUCCAAGGACAAUCGCCAACCAGCUGGAGGCCACCAAUGCAGCUAACCAGAGGCUUGAGAAAGAGGUGAUAGCAUCUCUGAAAGAAAGAGAUAAUCUUAAAGUAGCACUCAAGGAGGCUCAAAUGAAGCUCACCACAACAGAGAAAACUCUGGAGACAGAGAAAGUCAGUCAGGAGAAACACAUCAGAAUGUUGGAGGAGCUGCAUGAAGAAGCUUUACAAAGCCUCCAGCAAUGCCUACAUGAAAAACAAAGUAAUAUUUACAACUUGGAGCAUGACCUGAACUUGCUUCAACAAAAAUGUCAAGUAGCCAAGGAAAGCUUAAAGUCUGUUGAGGCAGAAGCAAGGCUCAAACUAGAACAGUUAGAGAAUGCCCAGCGAAAAGCUGAGAUGGAUUUUAAUGACCAGCUGGAGAAGCUGAAAACCCAUUAUAAUGAGAGUAAUUAUAAGCGUCAGUUUCAAGCUUCACUGCAAGCUAUGGAGGAGAUCAAAAUAGAGAGAGAUGAGCUGCUUGGCUUGACAAGUGACCUACAAGAUUCAUUUCUUCUGCAGGUUCAGUUUAAAGAAACUUUGGAUAAACUGUCCUCCAAGGUUUUGUCAUCUACAAAACUACGAAUCAAAGAGCACGCUUGUUUAGUAACAGAGCUAAAAGAAACCAAGAGAAAGUAUAGUGAGGUAGAUAAAGAGAACAAGAAGCUUCACUUUGAGUUGGCAAACAUGGACAGUUUAUUGAACAGGAAUCACAAUUGUUUGGCUGAGAUGGAAACUCUGUACUGCAAAGAGCAAGAGGCCCUCAAAGAGUCUCGGAAACUUAAUGACCAAUAUACAGAUGAGUUGUCCAUAGCUAUGGAAGCCCUGGAAGAUGCUACCCAUGCCAAGGAGUCUCUCACACAGCAACUGUUGAAGUUGGAAACACAGGAGAAAAUGGCCAACCACUUACUUGAUGCCAGAGAGAAAAGGAUCAAAGAGCUGGAGCAAGAACUAAUGGAAACAAAGCAAUUACUUGAUGUCACCACUCAAAGUAAAUCCAAGAAAGAAGAAGAGUUUGCAACUGUCAAAUCAAAACUGGAGCGGUACAUAGCUGACCUCCAGCACACUCUGGACAAAUGGGAGGUGGAGAGAGAAGUCCUGGAACAGGAGCUGUACGAAUGCAGAGAGACCAUGUUUACUGACAAGAUGAAGCUGGAAGAUAUAACCAAGGAGGUGGAAGUAUUGCGACAGAUAAAGGACACGAGCAAGGGUGACAAGGAAAUGAUCAGCGAAAUGAAAACUAACAUUCGACUGCUGGAGGAAGAGAAGCAGCUGUGCAUGGAGGCCAUCACUGAAUACCGCAAUAAGCUGGAGGAUGAGGUUGAGUUGAACUCAAGCAACCAACAGUUGAUUGAAGCCUUGAGAAGAAACAAUGAAAAACUACAAGAGUCCUAUAAUCAGCUCAUGUCAGAGAUGCAACAUGUUGAGGCCACACUUGCAGUCAGAAAUUCUGAUUUUCAGUCCAGCAGCUCAACUUUACUGGCUGUGGAAAACAGAAUGAAUUCUUUAGUGUUUGAACUGCAACAGAAGCUGGGUCAAGAGGUUAAUUGUGAUUCUGUCCAACAAAGAACUCUUGCUUUGUCUCCAAGGAGAUCAUUCCAAAGUCAUGGGGACUCAUUUGUAGCUCUGGUCUUAGCUCAUGCUAGUCAGGCUACACCAGCCUUCACAUCUGAUAAUCUGAACAGAUCAUCUGACAUCUCUAGCAGUCAUCACAAGCGCAGACAGACCAAUGUACCCAACAGUGUUCUUCAUCCUGAUAUAGGCAAUGGCAGCUUUUCAGACUCACACAAGAAUGUUCUUGACAUGUCUGGGCUAGAGCUCUUCUCACCCAAUUCCAAAAGUCCUGUGAAAUCAAGCGCCAAGAAAUCCCUAAAAGAUGUUAGCAUGACGCCAGCAGACAGUGGCUGCGUCUUGGUCCCAGGCUUUGCCAACAUUAGAAGCAUUCCAUCAACCAGUGUCAGAGUUCUGGAGAGUAAUUCAGCCAAUAAUACCUACUCCAGCCUCAGUGCAUCUUCAAGGCUUCAACCAAACUCUACAUCAUCGGAGUACCAACCCUUACUAAUGAAGGCCCAAAUUGUGGAGCGACUCUUUGACCAGAUAGUGAAAUCAUUUACAAUGGUAGCUAAGGCUUCAGAACUGACCAUUGAAGAUCUCCGAUUUGACAUGGAGAUGCUAUCCAAAAAACUUAAGAGUGUCAGUGGACGUGAAUCAAAACUGGAAUCUGAUUUGUCAAAAAAAAAUCACAUGCUAGACAUUGCUAAUGAAAAGAUCAAAGAUCUGAGUGCCCAGAUCCUUGGAAUGAAUGAGAACCUUCACAAAUUUCAAGACCAGACUUAUGAGAUCUCGAGGCUUGAAGAAGACAAAGCAGAGUUAAAACACAAAGUCCAAGAUCUCAAAGGCCAAGUCUCUUUGCUGACAGAUCAGCUUACGGAGGCAAUCAAGAAACUCAGCUGUGGCUCUAGAAAAGAUGGGGACGCUGCUCAGGAAAUUUUAUUACUAAAGAAAACAAAUCAUGAACUGAUGAUGAAGCUUUUCAAUGAGAGAGACAGACAUCAGGAACUUGGUGAAAAGGCCAUGAAGAGGAUAAAAAUUCUUGAAUCUAAUUGGAAAAAAGCAGAAAAUGAAGUUGAGAGAUUUGAUGAUCUUGUGGAGCAGAUAAGACAGGCCUGCGUAGAUAGCCACUGCCAGUCUACAGUGCCUGUAGUGUUACACAUUGUCCGGCUGAUUGAUGGGAAAGUGGACUGCCUACAACCGAGGAAGGAAUCUGGAGGAUCUUAAAAAGAAUUGAAACCAAAUGUUCAUGUUCUCAACUUUUGUAUACUUUUAGUGUUGUUCAUACCAAACUCAUACAAAUACUUGACAAUGGCCUUCAACAUUUAAAAAAUUUUCUAACUCAUAUUAAAGUGCACUGUAUGUUUUAUAAGAAGAAUCUAUAUAAAUGUACAUGGGUUGAAUGAACAAGUUGUUGAUAUUAUGUAAGGUUUCAUUGAAUGCUUCCAAAAUAAAGUUGUUUGUAUUUAACAUUAACUUAUUACUUUUACAUUCUUUUUUUUUUCUAUUGGUUACAUUUGUACACAGUUUGAAAGUGCCUUUUGAAAGACUGAUGGGUCACACCAGUAAUGUAUUAUUUGACACAUUAGUCACUCUAAUCUAGCUCCAAAUGAAAGCUUUCCGGAAAGUGAAAUGGUCACCAAGUAGUUAGUACAUCUAGUUGGGGAUAUAAAAAAAAAAGUUUCUCCAACUUCUUUGCCUAUUUUGACAAUACCUUGUAUACAUGUAAUAGGUUUGGUUUUUAUAAGUAAAGCCUACAUGUAAUGUGCUUUUCAUGGUUUAGACAUUAAUGUUCAUUUGUUAUCUAAUCAUGUACAUAGCAACCUUAUUUUUUUUUCUUUCAAAUUUUGUACUAAAUUAAACAAAUAUUAUCUCUU